AUGAAAACUGUGUCGUCAUGGAAAAAGCGAUUUGUUCUUUUUGGUAUUCCCACUAAUAUGAAAAUUAUUCCACUUAACGUUGGCGGUGCCUACUUAAUUGAAUGUGAUCGAUACAAAGAUAAUCGUGGUUUCUUUCAAGAAUUAUAUCAUGAUAAUAAAUAUCCAGAUGGAAUACAAAAUUGUGCCCAAGUAUCGUUUUCUGAAUCCGGAAAAAAUGUAUUUCGUGGUAUUCAUUGUAGUCAAUAUAAUAAAAUUGUUAUGUGUAUGAGAGGAAGAAUACUAGACAUAUGUAUUGAUUUAAUCGAAACAUCUCCAACAUAUCUUCAAUAUUGUACUGUUAUAUUAGAUGAAAAUAAAUCACAACAAGUAAAUAUACCACCUGGAUGUGGCCAUGCAUAUUUCACUUUAGAAGACCAUUCAUAUAUUAUUUAUAUUCAAGGAGGUACAUUUAAUGAAGUAGAUGAAAUGGAUGUUAAUUAUAAAGAUCCUAAAAUUAAUUUACAAAUUCAUGAAUUACAACAGAAUCAAAUAAUUAUUUCAGAUAAAGAUAACAAUGCACCAAUGUUAGAUGAAGCUAGGAAAAAAUGGAAUGAAAGACAUUCUAUUCUUCGAAAUGUUGAAAAGAAAUAA